ACAAUGUUAGCACAAUAUCGCUGCUUCAGCCCUGGCAGCUCAAUCAGCUGCACCGUCAGCAAACGCCGCGUUCGUAUAUAGUUAAUUAAUUUAUUUAAACUAUGGCCAAAAGUAAGAAGAAAAUACGCGAACAGAACGCUAUAAGAGAAGCCGCUCAAGCGAAUACCGAGCGGCUGGAGACGUGUAACGACGCCUACACGAGUGGUGCAUUUAGCUACCUGCGCUUCCUGGUUCACCUGCUGGCCGCUGCACAAUUCUGCUAUGGCAUUUACUAUUAUCUCUUCAAAUUGGAUUGGCCGGAGGGAUUGCAUGAAGAGGAGGAGCUGAAAACCCGCUGGGGUGGCAAAUUUAAGUAUCUCACAUUUCUAGAUGUUAUCGUGCAGGCCAUUUACCACACCGUAGCGUUGUUAAAUGAUUUGUUCGGCAGUAAUGUGGUGACCGUGGCGCCAAAGUCUCUUUUACGGCAGCUACGUGAUUAUAUAUUCGCCACGUUUGCAUUUCCCAUUGCGCAUAAUGUGUGCAUCUCGUUUUGGGUUAUUUAUUUAUAUGAUCGUGAGCUCAUUUUUCCCGCCGUCUUGGACGAAAUAUUCCCCAACUGGCUGAAUCAUGUAGUUCACACGAACGUUGCACUUCUGGCCAUCAUGGAUAUGUUCACCUGCUUCCGGCGAUAUCCCAGUCGUCUGGCCGGCGUAACUGGCAACGUAGCCUUUAUGAUUCUCUAUGUUAUUUGGGUGAACAUUGUGCGCUACUUUAGUGGUCAGUGGGUUUACCCCCUGCUUGAGAUCUUGCCCAUACCUCUGCGUGCUGUGAUGUUUGCUGGACUGGUGGCUUUGAGUGUAAUCUGCUACUUCCUGGGUGAAUUUGUCAACAAUAUUGUUUGGGCGCCGGAAUUUCAACUGCUGCAGCGAAAACUGCUUAAGCAGAACUAGACAGAAUAGUAGUUAUUUACUAUAUACUCACGUGCAAAAGCUGAAGAUUAGUUCAUACUUAUUCAUUUGCCCAUAGAGUCUGCUGUACAAUUCACUCCAUUGUGUGU